AUGGCCUCAAUUGCUCGCUGCGUCAGGGCUGCCCGCCCCUCGGUCCUGUCGGCCGUCGUCAAGCCCGCUGCCCGCCCCGUCAUGGCCCGCCCUGCGCAGAGGACCUUUGCGACGACACCUGCCGCUCUCAUCCGCAAGUACACCAAGGACCACGAGUGGAUCGACCUCGCGGCCGACAACAAGACGGGCGUCAUCGGCAUCUCUGACUGCAAGGUCGUCCAGGUCAACAUUGACCUCGAGGAGAAGCCCGGCACCAUCAACAAGGUGCCCGAGGACGACUCGCACGGCGGCGGCUGGCUGGCCCGCGUGGAGGUCGACGAGCAGGGCGUCAAGGACCUCGAGAGCCUCAUGGAUGCCGAGGCCUACAAGGCGUUUGUCGGCGGCGAGCACUAA